CAGCUGAGUCACACCUAACAUGUUUUGCACCCGACUCUUAACACAAAACCAGGAAACUACUUUUCAAGCAACUGUCUGUCUCUGUCUGUCUGUAUAUUAGCAUUGAAAUAUGGCAGAAGCUCAUAUUUUUCAGGACAAGUUCAGCUGUUCAGUGUGUUUGAAUCUCCUGAAGGAUCCAGUGACCAUUCCCUGUGGACACAGUUACUGUAUGAGCUGUAUUACAAACUGCUGGGAUCAAAAUGAGAUGAGAAUCUACAGCUGCCCUCAAUGCAGACAAACCUUCACACCAAGACCUGUUUUAUUUAAAAAUGUGAUGAUUGCUGAAAUGGUGGAGGAACUGAAGAAGACAAAACUUCAGACUGCUGUUCCUGCUGACUCUUAUGCUGAAGCUGGAGAUGUGGAGUGUGACGCCUGUACUGAGAGAAAAUACAAAGCUGUCAAGUCCUGUCUGGAGUGUCUGAAUCCCACCAGACAACUUCAUGAAAUGAUCUGAUCAAGAUAUAAUAAACAACUAGAAAUCUACUGUCGAACCGACCAACACUGCAUUUGUUAUCUGUGUACGAUGGACGAACAUAAAAACCAUGAUACUGUGACAGCUGAAGCAGAAAGAACUGAGAAACAGAGAGUUUUGGGAGAGAGACAGAGAAAAUUACAUCAGAUAAUUGAGGAGAGAGAGAAGGAGCUUCAGGAGCUGAGAGAGGCUGUGGACUCUCAUGCGCGCUCUGCACAGACAGCAGUGGAGGACAGUGAGAGGAUCUUUACUCAACUGAUCCGAUCCAUUGAGAGAAGACGAUCUGAGGUGACACAACUGAUCAGAGAUCAGGAAAAGACUGCAGUGAUUCAAGCUGAAGGAGUCAUGAAGCGUCUGGAGGAGGAGAUUGAUGAUCUGAGGAGGAGAGACGCUGAACUGAAGCAGUUUUCACAUACAGACAAUCACAUCCAUUUCCUACAGGGUUUUCAGUCUCUGUCUGCAGCUCCUGAGUCUUCAGUCUCACACAGAUUUACUCUCAGCUCUCUUCUCUCUUUUGAUGAUGUGAGAAAAUCUCUCUCUCAACUGAAAGACAAACUGGAGGAUUUCUGUAGAGAGGAGAUAGAGAAGAUAUCUGGUGAAGUUACAUAUAUCUCAGUUAUAUCUGAUGAAUUGAAGACCAGGGAGGAUUUCUUACAAUAUUUCAAGCAGUUCACACUGGAUUCAAACACAGUUAAUAAAUACAUUCAGCUGUCUGAUGGGAACAGAACGGCUACUCGCACUAACACAGUCCAUCAGUAUCCUGAUCAUCCAGACAGAUUUGAUCAGCGGCGUCAGGUGUUGUGUAGAGAGAGUUUGUGUGAACGCUGUUACUGGGAGGUUGAGUGGAGUGGUUAUGUUAGUAUAUCAGUGUCAUAUAAGAGCAUCAGGAGGAAGGAAGAGGGUUAUGAGUGUUUGUUUGGAUAUAAUGAUCAGUCCUGGAGUUUGGACUGCAGUGACUCCAGUUGUUCAUUCAGUCACAAUAACAAACACACUUCACUCCCUGUAGUGUUGAGCUCCUGUAGAAUAGGAGUGUAUGUGGAUCACAGUAAAGGAUCUCUGUCCUUCUACAGCGUCUCUGAUACAAUGAAACUCAUACACAGAGUCAACACCACAUUCACUCAACCACUUUAUCCUGGGUUUUGGAUCAUUUCAGGUUCAGUUACAUUAUGUAAUCCAGCAGUGUAGAUGACAUGAAGAUUCUCAGUAAUGCUGUAAAACUUUGACUAAAGAAAAGAAAGAGAAACAAUUCCCUGCCAGUCAGGGACGGACUGGGGCUAAAAAACAGCCCUGGACUUUUUCCCAAAUAGGCCCAUCAUCCGGCCAUUCACCCCUAGCCGUGCACAACAGACACAAGGAUGUCCUGAUACUAUGCCACAAUACUGUCAGACUAUUAGACAAGGAUAUUUAAUAUUUUGUCCAUGUCAUAUUAAACUUUGAUGUAUAAUAAGGCUGUGAAAUAAUGAAAAUAGCUAGGCCUAUUAAUUUUGUCUGUACAGCUUUCACAAACAACCACCAGGUCUAUGCCAAUUCCACAAUACUAAACACAUAUGAAAGACAAGGAAAAACUGUACUCUGUUGGAAGACAGACAGAAAGUGCAAGCUAGGAUUUUUUUGUUAAACUAAUUGUCACGGGAGAACAAAGAGGACCAAAGGCAAAUUAGCAGGUGAGUCUUUUGCUUUAAUAUACACAGUUCGAGCCGUACAGGUAGUGGCACUUGGAAAAUAAGAGUCAAAAACAAAACAUAGGCAAAGCCACUCAGGUUAUGUAACUUAGGAGGUCACAGUCCUUUAAAAGGUAAAGCAAAACUGGUCCGCGUGGCUGUGUAACCAAGGGUAGGCAGACAGACUUGGCCGACUCCGCGGCGUUCAAACGCAGGCUGUGACCGGCUGCGGCAGCAGCGACGGGCUCGUGAGAGAGAGGGGAAAUACUGGAGCGCCUGAGUUGCCUAGGC